CUGCAGGAUUGCAAAGGCAGCAUUUUUUUGGCACGACUAAUCUCAAAAAGGAAGCGCGCCCAAGGUUGGAUUUGCACUUUUUAAAGCGAUUUUAGAGUCAUGAGCGACACUCUCAGACCUCCUUCGCUUCAGGUGAGUGUGCCUCAAGAUGCUCCAAUGUACUCGGACGGAGGAGGCAAUGUAGUGUCAGACGGGUGCAUACGAUCCAGCUCCUCGACCCCGACUCUCCGCCGCAAGCGCUUCAAGAUGCGUCGGAUGAGGAACGUGCCCAGCGAGAGGGAUGUCGAAGCAAGGCGACUGGCAAACAAUCACCUGACGGCGAGAUCCCGCUCCAGCUCCAAGGAAUACCUUCAGUUGCCUUCCAUCGAGAUCACGCCGUCCAGCGACGAAGACGCCGCUUCCUCCUGGUCCAGUUGCUCCACGCCCAGCGCGUCUCCUCGUCGCAAGCGUUUCCUGCUGAGGAAGUGGCUGAAGGUCAGAGAGAAGAAGGAGCAAGGUACUGAAAGCAGCAGCCAGCAAAGCAGUCAGCAGAGCAGCCUGCAGAGCAGCCAUGAAGACGACAGCACUCGCUUCUUGACUCCGCUGAUACGAGAGGAGGGGUCUGACAGUGCAGCGGACAAAAUCAGCACUGCCAGUAACUCAAACAAGAGCACACCUGCCUGCUCGCCAGUCCUGCGUAAACGCUCGCGCUCUCCCACACCACAGAGCCAGGAGGGAGAGAACAUGGUGGAGAAGGGUUCGGACCACUCUUCUGACAAGUCCCCCUCCACGCCCGAACAGGUUGUCCAGAGAACGUACUCCCUGCAGUCAGCGCGAAGCGGGGGGAAGAACUCGAAGUCUCACAAGCGACUUUCCAAAUAUGACAGACUUAACCUGAUUAAAAAGAGCCAAAGCUGGUACAACCAUGAAAGACAACACAUCCUGAGAGUGCUGAGCCCGACGUACAAGCAGCGCAAUGAGGACUUUAGGAAACUCUUCAAGCAGCUCCCCGACACAGAGAGACUCAUUGUGGACUACUCCUGUGCUCUUCAACGGGACAUCCUCCUGCAGGGACGACUCUACCUCUCUGAGAACUGGAUCUGUUUCUAUAGCAACAUCUUCCGCUGGGAAACACUGCUGACAGUGAGACUAAAAGACAUCUGCUCGAUGACGAAAGAGAAGACCGCCCGCCUCAUUCCCAAUGCCAUCCAGGUCUGCACAGACACUGAGAAGCACUUUUUCACGUCGUUCGGAGCCCGAGACAGGACGUACAUGAUGAUGUUCAGACUGUGGCAGAAUGCCCUCCUCGACAAGCCCCUCUGCCCCAAAGAACUGUGGCACUUUGUUCACCAGUGUUAUGGCAACGAGCUCGGUCUCACCAGUGACGACGAGGACUACGUUCCUCCCGAUGACGACUUCAACACCAUGGGAUUCAGUGAGGAAAUCCCAAAUGAAGAGAACGAGAUCAACAAUGACAACUUGUCAAAGAGCAGCGCCGAUGCCAAGCCUGAAGGGAGCCCGCCUCUGCUGCACAAGAAGGUCGUCCCAAACAGCGCCAUCCCCGCCCCCGAGCCUCCUAUCACAUUUGACCUCCCGACUGAAGAGUACGCGGACUGCCUGCCAGACGGCGAGCUGCUGGCCGUGCCUCUGGUGGUGGAGGAGAAGAACGAGAGCAGCGGGCCGGGCGGACCCGUCCCGUCUCCGUCGCUGGACUUCAACGACAACGAAGACAUCCCCACUGAGCUGAGCGACUCCUCUGAGACACACGACGAGGGUGAGGUACAAGCUUUCCACGAGGACCUGAACGGCCGGCAGUAUAUCAACGAGGUGUACAAGUUCAACGUGGACAAGCUGUACGACAUCCUCUUCACUGAGUCUCAGUUCAUGAGUGACUUCAUGGAGCAGAGACGCUUCUCAGAUGUGGUUUACCAUCCCUGGAAGAAAGAGGAGGCAGGAAACCAGACCAGAGAGAUCCUGUACACCAUCUCGUUGUCCAAUCCCCUGGCGCCCAAAACAGCCACGGUCACGGAGACACAGACUCUGUACAAAGCCAGUCAAGAGAGCGAGUGCUACAUCAUCGAUGCGGAGGUCAUCACACAUGACGUGCCCUACCACGACUACUUCUACACUCUCAACCGCUACAUGCUCACCAGGGUGGCCAAGAACAAGUGUCGGUUACGGGUAUCAACAGAGCUGCGCUACAGGAAACAGCCAUGGGGGCUGGUGAAAGGCUUCAUCGAGAAAAACUUCUGGAGCGGAUUGGAGGAGAACUUUCGCAUUCUUGAGCUGGAGUUGUCCAAGCUGGAGGAGAUCCUAACAGAGGCCCACCAGCUCUCUCCGAAGGCCAAGGUGGUGAAGAACUCCACGGUGAGGCGGAAGAAGCGGCCGCUGCCCCACAUGCGCAGCCAGCACCUGGACGAGGCGCUCAGCCCCGUCACCACGCCGACGGACGAGGAGGUGAUUCAGCGGAUCAAACACGUGGCAGGCUCCACGCAGACCAGACACCAGAGUCCAGAACACCACCACCACCACCUGCCCGGGGGCCUGGCUCUCUACAGCGUCUCCAAACUGCUGCUCAUCAUCAGCUUUGUGAUCUGUCUCAGCUUGGUCCUGCUGGUGUUCCUCAACAUGAUGCUCUUCUACAAGCUGUGGAUGCUGGAGUACUCUGCACAGUCCUUAACUACCUGGCAGGGACUGCGGCUUCAUGAAAGCAAACUGCCUCAGACGCAGAUGGAGUGGGCCCAGCUCCUGGAGGCGCAGCAGCGUUACCACGAUGCCGAGCUGCAGAAGUGGAGGGAGAUUAUCAAGUCUUCAGUAGUGCUGCUAGACCAGAUGAAAGACUCUCUAUUGAACCUCCAGCGGGGCAUUGGUUUAAGGGAAUACAGCUCUGAGAGCGAGGAGAAGAGAAGUCGCUACCACUGACACACCACCGUAAGGCCAUGAGGGCAAGCUGUGCAAUAUAGGACCUGUUUUGUUUGUGAACCAGUACCCGCGGGGCAGCAGCAAGACAGAGUGAGAGAGGGAGGGGUGGGCGAGGAAGGCGGGACCAACAGCGAGCGGGUCCAAAGACGAAAAGGAAAAGGAAGAGUCGUCUCCAGCGCGCAGACGUGACAACAACCAGAGGAGAAGAUCACAGACAGAGAGCGCCCCUAUCGCACACAGAGACUGAGGUAUCCCCAACAUCACUGAGGCAUUGCAGGAAGGUGCGAGACUCACUCCUUCCCUACAUCCGUGUGGGGAAGGGGGGGAAAAUGUUUCCUUCUUCUUCUCUCUAAAUUUUCCAAUGCAUCCUUAAUGUAAGCCAUGUCAACCAGGAGAGCGGCAGAGAGACAGAGAGGGAAAACUACUGCAUGCAUUUAGACAACCUAGCUCCCCUCAGUCAGUGUUAAUGUGGUCCUGUUCCAGUCUACGUGUGUCAAAAAAAAAAAAAAAAAGAACAGGAGGAGAGGUUUAGUCAAAGGAGAAGCAGUGGGGUGGUCCUUUGGAGUCUUAAAAGGCUUUUUACACUCUCUCGACUGUUCCAAACCAAUCGUCCCCUAGAGGUCCUCGCUGCAGCGUCCCUCCAGCAAACCUCCAGGUGAUCCCAGGACAGUUCAAGAGGCAUUGUAGCUGGGAGGCGAGCCGCGCCGCUCCCUCCCCGUCCCCGCCGUCUGGCUUGAAGUUGGCCCGUGUGGUUUCUGUCAGGGCUGGUUCCCUGCAACGCCACCGCAAGCCAAAUGUUCCAAACAGACUCUGAAAAAUUGAUAAGACUUAAAUCCUCCCGCCCGCUGGCGCCGUUCAGGCAAUCGGCGGCCCCGGACUCAGUGUUACCCACCUUAUCCUGUAUUAUUCCUCUUCCUUCUGAUGAACUCGAAUGUAUUAGUUUGGAGAAAAAGGCCAGACUUUGAUCACAACCGAUUACACGUGGACGCUGCAGCCAGACCAGUAGGGAGACUUGUAUUCUUACAUGUUUUAUUACUAAACUGUGAUUAUAUCUCUUUAAAAAUGUUUCAAAUUGGAAAGACUUCUAUGAAUAUAUUUGAAAUAUAUAAGAAUAUUUCAUUAUUUAAUAUAUAUAUUUCAAAAUAUAUAAGCAUUACCUAUAUUUAUUGUUAAUUUAUGUACAUAUGGAAAUUAUCAGAGCUCUAGACCAGUUAAAGAAUUUCUAACAAAAACAAAUGUUUUCUUCUAAAAAAAAAAAAUGCAUGCCAGAUAUGUCUGUGACAUGUCCAGUGUGCAAGUAUGAUUCUGCAUUCGCGCGAUUAUAUUCGCGCAUGUGUGCAAAUGAGUGCGAGUGUGAGUGUGUGCAUGUGUGCACACGUGUGCUGGAAAGUGAGACAUUUUUACCAUUCCACACGUGUAUGUUUCUUUAUUCUUUUUCUGGCUCCAGCAGCCAGGCUGCCUUUUGAUUUUUAUUUUGUUUUGUUUUUGUUUUUUUUUGUUUUGUUCUUUUUUGUAAAAUGCUAAUGCGUUUGGAUGCCGCCUUGCAUUAGUCCCACCAGGCUAUAGUUUACAAUCGAAGAGUUUUGUUCCAAAAUGAUGUAUCCAACAUCUGAAAGUACGGCUAGUACUUCUACUUUUACACAGUGAUUGACGGC